CAGAAUGGCGGCAAUUGUGACGCGCGGCGGCGGCGUUCUUUUUCAGAACCUCAGGAGCGGCGCGUUCCACAGACACAGCCCAAAAAGAUAUCUACUGUCUGAUAAUGUGAUUCAGCUGCUAGAGUUCCAAAGAAGGAAAAUUGUUGUUGCCAAUCAGAUUCAUGUUAGUCGAGAUCAGUACUUCAAAAUGAUAGAGGAAAAACUGGAAAAGGAUCAAUUAAUUCUCAAGAAUGAUUUGAAAGUGUUAUUACAUUUGUGCCAGACGCUGGCAGAUGUAGAAAUAGCAAAGAAAACCAUUUAUAGGUACCACUCUGAAAACAGAAAUAUGGCAUUUGGGGAAUUUAAGUUUGGACCUCUGUUUGUACGACUAUGCUAUGAGUUGGGUCUAGAAGAAACAGUAGAAGAGAUUGUGAAAGAUCAGAAUCUGAAGGGUUUUUUCUCUGACUCAACCUCAUUCAACAUUGCAAUGGACAUGCUGUUUACGAAGGGCAGCUAUGAAAGUGCUCUGGGAGUUCUAUUGGAAAUGAAGAAUCAAGGAAUAAAAUUCAAUAAUGACACUUACACAUUGGCAUUUGCUAUCUGCUACAAACUGAACACUGCUGAAUCGUUCAAGAUCUGUACCAUGCUGCUUGAGGAGUCGUUAGAAAAAGGAAACCUCAUCCCUCGGCAUGCAUACUGCUUCGCUGUGGCUCUUGCAAUCAACCAGAAUGAUGUGACAAAAGGACAGUCUAUUUUUUCGCACAUCUUGAAUGCAGACAACAAAAUCUGUUGUAACCUUCAUAUCCUCAUACUGGCGAUGUCAGGAGCACAACAGGAGUUAUGCUCAGUGUUAGAAUCUGCGGUUAUAAGCUAUGUCUCUCCAUUUGUGAAGAAGAUGGAAUUUUCACAAGAAUUGCUGGGUGCAGUACGUGAAACCUUGGAAAAUGAUCCAAAGCUUCAGAACUCAUUUGAGGAUGUCUAUGAAAUGCUGACAAAGUCUGGACAGAUCACAGCCCUGACCCUCGAUGAGAUGCUUUGUCAAGCACCAAAUGGAAAGAAACAACUUAAUCUUCUGCUGGGUCAGAGGAAGAUCAGUCGCCGGACCUUCAAACCCCUGCAGUCAGCCUUGUUUGCUGAGUAGCUGGUCUGCAUUGCUGUGAAUGGAGUACAGAACAGCUGUGUAUUCUUCACACAAGCUAUUCAUGUUCAGUCUAUUGAAAGAACAAUUUUAAAGUCUGGUUUUGCUGAAGAGUCAGACCUAUAGACCAACAAAGACGUUAGUAAAAUCAAUGAAGAAAGGAGUGAAUGAAAGAGGUUAGCAAUAAGCUUUUCUUUAAGGCUACAGUUUCAAUGAUUGAACCAGAUUCUAAGAGAUAGGUGCAAUUUCUCACACAAAAUGUAAUGUUCCCACAGGGAUAACUAGGGACAUUAGCUCUUUUAAAGGUGAAUGAGGACUUCCAGUUUCCAAUCUCUAAAUAUAUCAUCCACCCAGCAAUUAUUGCUUCUCACAUCAAUAUAUUUUUAAAAUCCAUUAGAUGUUAACUAAGAUGCUAAUUCAUUACAUGCACAGUUUCACUUAAAUCAAAAAUUACACAUGCAUUUGCACAGUUUUUCAAAACGACAAAAGUCUCCUGCCAGAAUUGUUAUAACAAACACCCUGCUUCAAGUUGAUUGAAUUCCAACAACUUGUAUAUUGUAAAACCCUCUAAACAGCUGACAUAGUUGUCUUUUCUGUUGCUUCAUUGAAGCCAAGUCUGUUUAGUUGAACAGCUUGCUUUCGUAAAUAGAUUAAAAGUGAAAGAAGACAUUUUUAUUUUCUUUAAGAAAAUAUCUUUCAUUUUACAGCAAAUCCUUCCACCUUUCAUUCAAUUUAAGAUGCUUUUUGGACAAUAGUCCCAAUUUAUCUUGCUGAGUGUCCCACUCAGAGGUUGAAUGAGGUAAUUUUUAUCAUUAGCUUGAACAAAAACUCACCUCAGUAACUUACUUGGAAAGAUUCUACCUGGGUUUAGAUUUAUUCUUUUUUCUUGGCAUUUCAAAAUGUCCAAAAAUCUGGCAAAUUGUUGAAUUCAGUCUUCACUCUGAAACUAAUUUUCUGCAGCUCUUAAAAGAAAUUACACGAAGACUGUUUUAAAAUUAAGUAAGAGUGAAUUUUGAUCUAUGUGGAAUUUCUACUCCAGUGUUAUUAUAGUAGACUUCAUAAAUUCAGUUCCUUUCCCUUUCCUCCAUUGCUUCCUUAAUGGGCACAUUAAUUUGAACAUCUGUUAUAAAAUAUUUUUCUAAAAAAAAUCCUUUCGCAGAUUGCAAGCAUCAUCAAGCAGGGGAUGUACAAUGAAAGGGAUAGUGUAUAUGCUGUAGGCGUAAUGAUUUAUUUCUAAUCUGGUAAUCUCUCCAAAUCAUGAUCUGAUCCUGUGUUUAGAAAAGUACAGGGAGGAAAUAUUUUGUGGUGCACAGUUUUCAGUGCAUGUUUUAAUCACUAUUUUCUGUGACAGUCAGUGUUUGAAAGGGACUGCUGGUGUCCCUCAAAUAAAUGUGAAAUAGCCACAUCCGGAUUACGGAUUCAAAAUAAGCUAUCGUGAAAGUGCACAAUAAUUUGAGGCCUUUUUGAAUUUGCAUCAAAUUUGAAAAAUGCUUUGAUCUCAACUCAUGGGUUGGAUUCAGAUUGCAAUCAGAUAAUCACACUGUUACUGUGAUGGAUUGCACAUCUGUAAAUAUCCUCCUCUUGAACUACAACAUCAGAUUCUUUGAAAAACAUCUAAAUACCGUGAGGACCUUUGUCAUUCAGGUUCUUUGUUGUUCGGUGACUGCAAAGGUUUACGUGUCCACAAGUAAUGACUUGUAGCCUCAAUAAAUUGAGAUUUGAAAAAAACUUCUAAGUGAAAUUGGAUCUGGUAUUUUUUUUAAAAAUAUGAGUGUUGGGAAAUGGUGUACCAGCACAAAGCAUAUUUUAAAACUGCAGAUGACUGCUAAAUACCACCUGUUUAUUUUGUCCUAAAAGAAAAUAAAAAUAUAAAUUAUGUUUCUUUCGAUCCUUUAGUUUACCAAUAUUGUUAAUAAUUGCAGUAUUCAGUACUUUUGUGCAUAGAUAUAUCAUUAUGUUUACAGACUCCCACAUGUUAAAGAAAUUAGUUGUGUUUCUUGAAAGGAGAACUAAAUCCAAGUGGCUGAUUUUUUACAGCUCACUGCUCUCUCCUAUUGUAUUUCUUUGAUGGUUUCUCUGUUGAUUUUGAUUCCUAAUUUUACUUGCCUAUUUUGAAUUAGGUAGUUAUUCAUGACACAUGUUGAAAGUGGUUGAAAUAAGCAAUAUCAAAGUAGUCAAUAUUGAAGAACAACAUAUAAACCAUUAGAAAGAAACACUUAAUGCAGUUGUCAAUUUCUUUAAGAAACACCUGGGAAGAAACUGCAUGUGAAGCUAAAUUCACUCUAUUUAUGUGGCAUUUUAGAGCAUCUAGAAUUUAACAUUUUUUAAAUG